GUUCUUUUGAAUCAAUAAUUUUUUUAACUUCUUAUAAAAAAUCAUUAUCAACAAAUUUUGCUCAUUUGAUUGUUUAUACAAGCAGUGAAUUUUUUUUUUUUUAAGUGGGCCGUGACUAUCGUUAGUCGAACAAAAGAACCAAGCAACAUUCUUUACAGGAUUAACAUUUUUAAAUUCAAAUUACAUCAAUGAAAUCAUUCGAUUCAAUUUCCAAAGACGAGGAAAUGUCUACUUGUGAUGAAUCAAGAAAUUAUACAAUCAAUAUUACAGAAUUAAAUGAUUAUUACAUAAAAAAAUUACAGCAAAGAAAUGCAGCAAAUAAAUCACCAACAACAACAACAACAUCAUCAUCAUCUUCAUCUUCAACUACAACAACUUCGUCAUUAUCAUCAUCCACGACAACAACAACAACAUCAUCGAUUACAUCAUCAUCGGUAAAUGAAUCAGAAUCAAUAUUUACCACCGAUCCAGUUGUUACUGGCUGUACAAAUUCCGAUCUAGAUAGACAAAUUGAACAAUUAAGACGUUGUGAAAUAAUAACCGAAAGUGAAGUAAAAAGUUUAUGUUCAAAAGCAAGAGAAAUUUUAUUGGAAGAAUCAAAUGUACAACGAGUUGAUGCACCUGUUACUGUUUGUGGUGAUAUUCAUGGACAAUUCUAUGAUCUCAAAGAAUUAUUCAAAGUUGGUGGUGAUGUACCAACGACCAAUUAUCUAUUUAUGGGCGAUUUUGUUGAUAGAGGUUUCUAUUCAGUGGAAACAUUUCUACUUUUAUUAGCUUUGAAGGUUCGAUAUCCAGAUAGGAUUACAUUAAUACGUGGAAAUCAUGAAUCAAGACAAAUCACUCAAGUAUAUGGCUUUUAUGAUGAAUGUCUUCGUAAAUAUGGUACAUCAACAGUUUGGCGUUAUUGUACCGAAGUAUUUGAUUAUUUAUCUUUAUCUGCGAUUAUUGAUGGCCGUAUAUUCUGUGUUCAUGGCGGUCUUUCACCAUCGAUACAAACAUUAGACGAAAUACGUAUAAUUGAUCGAAAACAAGAAGUUCCUCAUGAUGGUCCUAUGUGUGAUCUUUUAUGGUCAGAUCCGGAAGAAACAACUGGCUGGGGUAUGUCACCACGUGGUGCCGGUUUUCUAUUCGGUUCUGAUGUUGUCCAACAAUUUAACAAUACCAAUCAUUUGGAAAUGAUAUGUCGUGCACAUCAACUUGUAAUGGAAGGCUAUAAAUGGCAUUUCAAUGAAUCAGUGUUGACUGUUUGGUCGGCACCAAAUUAUUGUUAUCGUUGUGGUAAUGUUGCAGCAAUUCUUGAAUUAGAUGAAAAUCUUACACGUGGUUUUACCAUAUUUGAAGCUGCACCACAGGAAACAAGAGGUGUUCCAUCGAAAAAGCCACAAGCCGAUUAUUUUCUUUAAAAUAAUAUGAAAAUUACAAUGUUUUAUUUCAUCAUGUUUAUGUUUUUUUUUGUACUGGAAUCUUCACGGUGAUGGUGGUUUAACAUUUUUGCACAUUAAUAUUGAUUCGUUGAUAUCGAUUUUUUAAAAAAUUUAAAUAUCAAAAAAGAAAAAAAAAAUUUGAAUUGUUUAUAUCUCUUUCAUCGAAUUUCGAUUAUCAAUCAUCAUCGUCAUCAUCAUCAUCAUCAUCAUUAUCGAUCGUCGGCAAAUACAGACAAAACAAA